AACGACACGAGGAUUUCCAGAGCCGGACCAGAAAUAUCUUUAUCGCAUGACAUUCUUCUACGAACACUUGGAAACAUUCGCUUCCUCUAGUUUUGUGUGAAUUUUGAAGAGAGAGAGAGAGAUAUGGAGAGUCAGGUGGCAAGACGGAGGAUGAGCACAAUCGGCGGCCACUUUGCUUCUGCCGCGGACGAUAUCUCCGGCUCUGCAACCCAAAUUUUUCCCCUGAAUUGCACUAGUAGUUUGAACUCUAUCAUACAGAGGCGCGACAAUAUAAUGCAUUUUGCUAGGCAGGGGUCUAGCUCUCAAGCUUGUUUCAUGAGGCAGGCGUCAACAGAUCAGGUUAGCUCUGCUCAGUCAGGUGUCCCUCUCAAAUCCACUAGUUCUACAACUGAGGGCUCUUCCAAUGCCUUUGAAGCACCUUUGUUUUCUAGACUAACUAGUAUGCAACCAAACUUCCCCAAUGCUACUGUUAUCCAAGCUGUGGUGCAAGAUUGCAAAUUACCCAGAACUGAGCCUCCUAAGUUUGCCAGGCCACACAGAAGUCUUCGCAGGCUACAUCAAUCUCCUUCCAGGAAGAAAAUACAUCCUUUUGGAUCUAGUGGAUUUGAGUGGUCCCCGAGAAUGGAUGUUGCAGAAUCUAGACGCAGUUACGUUCUUUUGGUAGAACUCCCAGGUGUAAGUAUCCAUGAUAUCAGAGUGGAAGCAAGUGAUCAAAGCUUGACUGUGAUGGGUAAAAAUUCAGACCAGAGGGGGAGAGCGGUACAUUCAAAAGACAGUGCCUCUGGAUUUCACAAGAGGGAGAUUUCACAUGGACCAUACCAGGUUGUAUGGCCACUGCCCAGUAAUGCAAACAAGGAUGAUAUCUCUGCUGAAUUUGUGGACGGACUUCUUCGAAUAACCAUUCCUAAACUUUAAGAAUCCCACGGUGGAGGUGUCCAUAUGCGUCUAUGCAGAUGAAUGUAUAGUGUUAGAUAUCAUGUUCUAGUUUCUUAUACACGAAUAUGUUACCCCUUCUUGGGCUACUCUGGAAUGUACAAAAUUUGAUAAACAAAUUCGGUCGGCUGAGAGGUGCUCUAGCUAAUAUCGUAUUCCAUGGACA